GGGAAAACCGGUCAACUCAUCGUCCGUUCUUCGUCUUCAACCUCCCAAUUUUCGCAAUUAAGUAAUUGAGUUUUCCUAAUUUUAUCAAAAUUCCGCCUAAUUCAUGGAUUCUUCGUGAAGACUAUGGCCCGACGACUUCCACUUUCAGUCGUUUUCCAAGAAAAAUCGAGCUGUUGAACUUCGAAGCUUCCUUGCUUCCGCUGAGCUUCUCCUUCGCCGGCAAUGGCUGAAGACGAGGACGCGGCGCAGGAAUACGCGCCUCAGAGGAAGAAAGCCCCGUCCGAGGACGACAAGAGGAGGAUGAAGAUGGUGCCUGGAGGUUUGAUGAAAGCACUGAUGAGACCUGGAGGUGGCGAAGCCACACCUUCCGAGGGUGACCAGGUCAUCUAUCAUUGCACUGUACGGACACUUGAUGGAGUUGUUGUUGAGUCUACAAGAUCGGAGUUCGGAGGGAAGGGUACCCCAAUAAGACAUGUUUUGGGUAAAAGCAAGAUGAUACUGGGAUUGCUUGAAGGAAUCCCAACGAUGUUGAAGGGUGAAAUGGCAAUGUUCAAGAUGAAACCUCAAGUGCACUAUGGCGAGGAGGAUUGUCCAGUUCCAGUUUCUAGUAGCUUUCCAAAGGACGAUGAGCUUCAUUUUGAGAUUGAAAUGAUUGAUUUUGCUAAAGCCAAGGUUAUAACCGACGACUUUGGGGUUGUAAAGAAGGUAGUAGAUGAGGGAGAGGGAUGGGAAUCACCGAGGGAACCUUAUGAAGUGAAGGCCUGGAUAUCAGCAAAGACUGCUGACGGGAAAUUGAUCGUGUCACACACAGAAGGAGAACCAUACUUUUUUACCUUCGGUAAAUCUGAGGUACCGAAAGGACUUGAGAUGGGAAUAGGGACAAUGACACGGAGAGAGAAGGCUGUGAUCUAUGUCACCAGACAGUACCUGACUGAUUCUCCUUUGCUAUCUAUAGAGGAUUGUUUUGAUGAAGUCCAUUUUGAAGUGGAACUUGUGCAUUUCAUCCAGGUGAGAGACAUGCUUGGAGAUGGACGCCUAAUAAAACGUCGGAUUCGUGAUGGAAAAGGUGAAUUUCCGAUGGAUUGCCCACUUCAUGACAGUCGACUGCAAGUUCAUUAUAAGGGGAUGCUUCUUAAUGAGCAGAAAACAGUCUUCUAUGACAGUAGAGCUGAUAAUAAUGGUCAGCCCUUGGAGUUCAGCUCCGGAGAAGGGCAUGUCCCAGAAGGUUUUGAGAUGUGCGUUCGCUUGAUGCUGCCUGGAGAGAUUGCUCUAGUCACAUGUCCCCCUGAUUAUGCUUAUGACAAGUUUCCAAGGCCGGCUAAUGUACCAGAAGGUGCUCAUAUUCAGUGGGAAAUUGAGCUGCUUGGUUUUGAAAUGCCCCGGGACUGGACUGGUUUGGACUUCAGAAGUAUAAUGGAUGAGGCAGAGAAGAUAAGAAAUACAGGGAACAGGCUUUUCAAAGAAGGUAAAUAUGAGCUUGCAAAGGCAAAGUAUGAGAAGGUGCUUCGUGAAUUCAAUCAUGUCAAUCCACAGGAUGAUGAGGAAGGGAAAGAAUUUUCGAACACGAGAAGCCUCUUAAAUUUGAAUGUCGCUGCUUGUUAUCUAAAGAUGGGAGAAUCAAGAAAGUCAAUAGAUGCAUGCAAUAAGGUUUUGGAUGCAAACCCUGCACACGUCAAGGCUUUGUACCGCCGUGGAAUGGCCUAUAUGUCAGCAGGAGACUUUGAGGAAGCUAGAACUGAUUUCAAAGCGAUGAUUAAAUUCGACAAGUCAUCAGAGCCCGAUGCAAAUGCAGCUCUCUUGAAACUCAAACAGAAAGAGCAGGAAGUGGAGAGGAAGGUCCGGAAGCAAUUCAAAGGAUUGUUCGACAAGAAGCCUGGUGAAAUUUCUGAUGUUGGAACUGAUGAAAGGGAAGAAGAACAUGCUACUGAAAAUCAGAAAUGCCGUGACCACGAAGGAUCUGAUAAGGAUGAGGCAGGGGAGCCGAAAGAUGCUUCAAAUACCCGACCUCAAACGAGUCUGUUCUCCCUCCUCUGGCCUACAGGUAGAAGGAUAUUUACAGCUCUGGGUUUAGACCGAUGUUCGAUACUGUAAGUUUUUAACAUCAUAGAGGCCGAUAUAUCUCCAAAGGAAUUAGAGAGCUCCAGGUUCAAUUAAAUGCUGCUAUGGUCAGAUCUCGUUUUGAAGAGAUGUAUGAUUGCAUGUCAAUACAAGAUCUAUCAGAAUAAUAUGUGAAGACAGUGAUUCCGUUUUUCUCGAGAAUGGACAUAUUCGGGUUUACUUGGUUUCAAGUCACAAUUAUAUCCCUCCACAUUAAAAUU